AUGACGGGACGGUGCGAAUACUUCGAUCUCAGUCUUGCCAACAUGCUAGGCUACCUUGACGUCACCGACUGGAACGGAACUCUACUCACCAAAACCCUCACCGUUAACAAAGACUACGUACUCAAGGGCCUCCUACACAACGCAGGGGCAGAAACGGAUUCUGCCUAUGAAUAUCUGAUCAAACUUGCACUAGUACUCAACGGCAAACCAACCACUACCAACCAAGUCACUACCAACCAAGUCACUACCAACCAAGUCACUACUACAAAUCAAAUAUUCCCUGAGCUUCUUUCCAACAAAAUGUACUACUAUAUACCCGGCAUCGGCAACAUUUCCGGUGUUGGUAACAUUUCCGGGACCGGUAACAUUCCUGGCAUCGACCAAUCCUCGGUCAGAUCCACAAUCGAAGAAAUCCUCCAGUUCAUUUUGCCUGUACCGAAUCACCGGAGCAUGCCCGUGCCCAAACUGCCUUUCCAUGAAUACUAUUCCGACCUCACCUUUCUGGACCUGGAUACUCUCUGGACCAUUCACCAAACACCCGGUAAAUCAGUGUCACCGAGCUUUUUCCAAAGCCGAGCUGCACCGACGCAAGCUGCAUCUACAAAGACUGCAUCUAGUAAAGCUGCUACGACGAAAGCUGCUACCACAGAAACUGCACCAACCAAAACUGUAUCCGGGAAAGCCGCUGUACCAGAUCACCAGCACCUGGGUUGCUUCAUCGGCGGCCUACUUCGACGAGCUCGCCACCUCCCGUUCCUCACCAACCAACUUCGAGACAAACUCACGACCGUCGCCGACAAGAACCAGACGUCGCUACAGAACCAGACGUCGCUACAGAAGGCCGACACCGGUGGAGUGGUGGCCCUGGCUCAAGUGGUCGUGGCUCAAAUGGUCAUCGCUCGAGUGAUCAACGCCAGGUCCUGGAGAGAGUAG